AUGCGGCCUGCAGCAGGAUCGGCGUCGAUCCGCUUGUUUUUUUACCACCAGAAAAACCUGUCCACGGCACCUGUCUGUUUCCCAACACCCGGCGGUGGCCCCCCGUCAGCCCCGGUCGGUCACACACCGUCAAGUCGACCCCGUCACGGUCACGCCCCGUGCUGUCCUCCCCCGGCAUUUGCCUCUCGGGCUUCAUUCAGAGUUUGUCUUUGCUUUUUCAAUCCUUGUUUGGUGGCUGGAUACACAUUUAUUUUUCGCGCUGCCGUAUCAUGUACGGAGCAGGUACUGUGGUAUGAACGACUCGUCGGUGCAAGGGAACACAAACCUCUUCAGGCAUGCUUACGGCCGGUUCUGGCUUGUCAAGGCAGCUCUGGUCACUCUGCGUUGCUUGUAGUGCCGGGUCAUGUACCUGUCUGUAUGACUCGACGGCGGCAGGUAACGCCGCUCGGGUUGCGAAGCGAUGGGUGUUGGUGUGUGUGUGAGUGUGCAUGUGCGUGCCCACGCACCAUGAACUCACGGAGGACGGAAGAGGAAAAUGCUAGUCAAGCCAGGUCCUGCCGUCCAACCUGCCACGCUUGCAGUGGGUAUUUCGGACGGGCAUCCCAUUCCAUCCCCCCCUCUCUUUUCCUUGCCGGGCCCGCGGCUGUAACCUGA